CAACCCAAGUUUCAAAUCAAAAAGCGAAUGUCGAAGAUAUGAUGAAACUACUCGCUAUACAGAAAUGCAUGGAGGAGUUGAUUCAAAUUGUUCAUGAGCGAAGAAAAUAUGAUAAAAAGCUAUUGGAUUAUGUUGUGCAGAAAACUGUGAAACAGUUUGAACGCUACAGUAAAACUGGUUCUCCAAACCUCGUCAUCAAGUUUGUGAAACGUUGUACAGAACUUUGCUGGAGCAUGGUUAUCAAAGAGCCAUCAAUGGUUCUGGUUUAUGACCAAUUAGAAGGAAAGCCGAUAGACAAAAACCUGUUUUCCCCAUAUUCCAAAAAUGGAUCCGUCAUCGACUUUGUUGUCUGGCCUGCCUUGAUUUUACACAAUAAUGGAGCAAUCUUACAAAAAGGUAGUGUGCAGGGUAAAGAUGUUGCUGUACUGGCAGAUACGCAACAGAAAAUUGAGUCCCGAUUGGCAAACAGCUUACCUGCAACAAUUAAAGGUGGAUCGGAUACAUUCACCGUACAAAGUGGCUCUAUCAAGGGGAACGAUGGCAUCCAAGUCUUCAUACCAGGAGAUGGAGCAAAUCAGAGUGUUACGGUGAAAGAAGGAGGUCUAAAUGAACAGUGAAUGAAUGGUAAUCAUUCAGCCUCAAUGUUGGCAUAAUAACUUUCUAAACAGCAUUUGUGUAUAUAUAUCGAGGAUAUUUUAGGCAUAAUGAAUUCGCAUGCAUUUAUAACAAUAAUUAUACUGCAUGUCACGAGAUCAAUCUAACCAAAAAUAAAUUGUUCACCUCUGAACACAAAAACAACAUUUUAAUCAAGGUAUAUAUUGCAACCUUCGACAUA